CAGUCUAGCUGAAGCGCAAGGGAUCUCUACCAGUGGGGUUGCCAUGGCACUCGUGUCACUUGGCAAGUUUGCUGACUUUUCUUGGGCUCACCUUAGUUUCUGCUUUGUAUGAGAUUGACAGUAGAUGUUUAAUUCCUGCAGUCUUUGCCCCUGCUCCAUCUUCCUGAUGCUCUGCUUGUCACAAAACAGUUUGUCAGACGUCUGUCUAGUGAACAAGAGAAACUUCCAGUCCCUCUCCUCUCCAGCCCUCGGGGCAACCAGAAGCAGGAGAGGAGUGUAACCUGAUGUUUUGAAGCUGGAUGAAACUAGCAGCUUGAAUUUAUUCUUUUUGUCCUGGCACACCUGAGAUCAGCUUGGAGAGCAUCUUUUGCAUUCUGGUGAUACGAGGAAGGGUCAUGAAUCUUUAGUCUCCUGCUAGCUUUUCGCCUGUAAACACUUCUGCAUACUUCUACCUGCGUCUGCUCUUGUCCCUUCAAAACCAGCUGCCGUGUCUUUUGCUUUGUAGUCAGUUAUAUUCUUUUGUAGUCCAGUCUGUCUGCAUUAGUCUCAUUCCUUCUCUCUCUCUCUUUCUGUUUUGGAUAGCAGAAUAAUCUAGUAACCUUUUAAGCAGAAGAUUAAUUCAUGUCUUAAAGAAUACAGUGUGGGAGAGAAAGGCAGAAGUGUCUCAUCAGGACAUGAGUAGGGAGGCGAUGCAGUUGCCAGUUCUAGUGUUGGUUGGCAGCUGUGGACCUGUGCUGGCUCAGUGCUUCUGGCUCAGACCUGGUGCAAAGGUGGCCUGUGUUUCUGGCUUGGUUCUGCCUGUGCCUUUGGUUGGAGUGGGGUCUGUGUGAGUUUAAUGCUUAAUGCCUAGUCUGCUCUGGGAAGAUUUGGAGCUGUUGGACAGGUGGGACUGAGAGCAGGGUUGUCGGGUAGUUGGCUUUGGGCUCUUGUGUGAGGACCUGGCUGGUUUUUAGCUUAUCCUUGUUAUUCAAUCCAGGUACGUCAACCUUCAAGAAAGGAAGAAGUGUAAAGCCAGCAUCCUCCCCAGCAAGUUUUGGUUUAGGUGUCUGUCUUAUGUCCGCUCUGGCAGCGGUGCAUGUGAAGAAUGACGUCGAGAGGUGCUGGGACUGCUUUCCCGAGGAAGAACUACAGGCUGAGCACUGAGCCAGAGAAGUCCAAGGUUACAGGCAUUGUGAACAGCAGGCUGCUGAAUGAUUAUCUGCAUCGUGUGUUUACCAAUGCUGAUGGGAACCAGCCUGCAGCUGCUUACAGAAAGCACCUGACUUUCCAGAACCUGCAGGAGCACCUUGACCGGUUGCUGGCAGAGGAGAAUGGCUCUGAAGACAGUCGAGAUCAGGUAGCAGAGGGACGGCUUGGUCCCUCCACUGUGGUGCUGGACCACACGAGUGGUUUUGAGGGGCUCCUGCUGGUCGAUGAUGACUUGCUUGGGGUGAUUGGCCACAGUAACUUUGGGUCUAUCAGGGCUACGACGUGUGUGUAUAAAGGGAAAUGGAUUUAUGAGGUGCUCAUCUCCUCCCAGGGACUCAUGCAGAUUGGCUGGUGUACUCUCAACUGCAGAUUCAAUCAGGAGGAAGGAGUUGGAGAUACACCAGAUUCGUACGCGUAUGAUGGAAACCGGGUGCGCAAGUGGAACGUGACAACGACCAACUACGGCAAAUCUUGGGCAGCAGGAGACAUUGUCAGCUGUCUGAUAGACCUUGAUGAGGGCACCAUUGCUUUCUGCCUGAAUGGCAUCUCUCUGGGAACUGCUUUUGAUAACAUCACAAGGGGUGCUGGCAUGGCCUACUUCCCUGCCAUCAGCCUCUCCUUCAAGGAGUCCGUCGCGUUUAACUUUGGAAGCCGUCCGCUCCGUUAUCCAGUGGAAGGUUACCGGCCCUUGCAAGAUCCUCCUGCUGCAGACCUGCUGAAGGCUCGCAAGCUGCUGGGCUACCUGAAGAAUGUCAUCCACAUCGGAAUAGAUGUGACAGAGGGGAAGCUGGUGGAGAAGGACACAUCCAUGUGGCAGCUGCAGGGAGAACCCACAGUGCUGAUUACAUUAGCCCACAUCUUCAAUUAUUUCUCACCUCUCAUGUGCAAGGUGUACCUGGUGGAAGAUGUGCUCAUGACCUUCCUGUUGAGUAUCCUUGAGCAAGGAGGGGCAGUGGAGGCUCAUCCCCUCAUUCAACAGUUGCUGGAUCUCAUGUGGCUUCUUAUGGAGGAGUAUGAAGUGCACGAGUGCCUCAAGCAACUACUGAUGUCCCUGCUGCGGGCUUAUAGGUUCUCCCCCAUCAUCCCAGACCUGGGAUUACAAAUUCACUACCUCCGCCUCACCAUUGCAGUCUUGAAGCAUGAGAAAUCCAGGAAGUACCUGCUCAGCAAUGUUCUCUUCGAUGUGCUCCGUUCGGUCGUGUUCUUCUACAUCAAGAGCCCCCUGCGUGUGGAGGAGGCUGGUUUGCAGGAGCUCAUUCCCACCACGUGGUGGCCAAACCGCUUCACCAAGGAGGGCAAGGAGAGUAAGGAGGUAAAGGAGGAGAGUGCUGAGGAGAGGCUGAGGCGGCGGGCGUACGAGCGAGGCUGCCAGCGGCUCAAGAAACGCAUUGAAGUGGUGGAAGGACUCCAGGUUCAGAUUCUAAAGCUACUGCUGAACAACAAGGACAGAGGAGGGGGGGAAGCCUCCAGAUACAUCUUCCUGAACAAAUUCCGCAAGUUUCUUCAGGAAAAUGCCAGCAACAGAGGGAACCUGACUGUGUUGUGCCCACCAGAGUACAUGGUGUGCUUCCUGCACCGGCUCAUCGCUGCCCUGCGCUGCUUCUGGGAUGGCCACAAGGCAAAGAGCCCCUCCGCUCUCAGCAGUGAGGAGGCAUAUGUCCCUCCUCAACUCUUCUAUAAUGGGAAGGUGGAUUAUUUUGACCUUCAGCGACUUGGAGGCCUCCUGUCUCAUCUUAAGAAGACUCUGAAAGAUGACCUGGCUGCAAAAGCCAAUGUCUUGAUUGACCCUGCGGAGCUGCAGGCAGUGACUAUGGAUGAUCUCGAUGAAGAUGAGGAGUCAGCAACAUCAGCAGCACAGUCUCAGCGUCCCUCUGCUGCCCUGGCCAUUGGAGGAGCUCUGGCCAGGCCUGGCUGGCUCAGCUCCCCCACCCUGGGCCGUGCCAACCGCUUCCUCAGCACAGCAGCCGUCAGCCUGAUGAACCCGCGGCGGCCGCUCGGCGCCCUGGAGAAGAUCAAAGUGCGCACGCUCAGCGUGGAGCAGCGCACAGAGGAGGACAUUGAAGGCAGCCAUGGAAACGAGGGUCUCUUGCUGGGCAGACCUCCAGAGGAGCCUGACCAGCCCAUCACAGAGAAUUCCCUCCUGGAAGUCCUGGAUGGGAUAGUGAUGAUGUACAACCUCAGUGUCCACCAGCAGCUUGGGAAGAUGGUUGGUGUGUCAGAUGAUGUGAAUGAGUAUGCCAUGGCACUGAAAGACACAGAGGAAAAAAUCAGCCGCUGCCCAAAGAGGAGGAGAGACAUCCACGAGGAGCUGCUGAAGAGCCAAAAGGUCUUCUCGGAGAAGCUCAAUCACCUCAGCCGCCGCCUCGCUUGGAUAAACGUCACCAUUUAUUCAAAGGAGAAGAUGCAGGAUAUCUAUUGGCUGCUGCGUGUCUGCAUCCGCACCAUCGAGCACGGCGACAGGACGGGCUCGCUCUUCGCUUUCAUGCCAGAGUUCUACCUCAGCGUGGCUAUGAACAGCUACAGUGCACUCAAAAACUACUUCAGCCCUGUAAAUAGCAUGGAGGAACUUCCAGGCUACGAAGAGACCCUGAUGCGCCUCGCUGCCAUCCUGGCCAAGCAUUUUGCUGACUCAAGGAUUGUUGGCACAGACAUCCGGGACUCCCUGAUGCAGGCCUUGGCCAGCUACGUCUGCUACCCGCACUCGCUGCGUGCUGUGGAGAGGAUCCCAGAGGAGCAGCGAAUCUCCAUGAUGAAGAACCUCCUGGCUCCCUAUGAGCAGCGGCCCUGGGCACAGACCAACUGGAUCCUCGUCAGGCUGUGGCGGGGCUGUGGCUUUGGGUACAGAUACACACGGCUCCCACACCUGCUGAAAACCAAGCCUGAGGAUGCCAGCCUGCCCAGCCUGCAGAAGCCGUGUCCCUCCACCUUGCUGCAGCGGCACAUGGCAGACCUGCUCCGCAGCGACCGCGACCUGGCCCCCAGCUUCCUCAACAGCGUCCUCAACCAGCUCAACUGGGCUUUCUCCGAGUUCAUUGGCAUGAUUCAGGAGAUCCAGCAGGCAGCAGAGCGCUUGGAGAGGAACUUUGUGGACAGCAGGCAGCUGAAGGUGUGUGCCACCUGCUUUGACCUGUCAGUCAGCUUGCUCAGGGUGCUGGAAAUGACGGUCACGCUGGCGCCAGAGAUCUUCCUCGACUGGAAUCGCCCAUCCUCAGAGCUGCUGCUCCGGAGGCUUGCGCAGCUCUUGAACCAAGUGCUGAACCGUGUGACAGCUGAGAGGAACUUGUUUGACAGAGUGGUCAACCUCCGCCUGCCAGGGCUGGAGAGUGUGGACCACUACCCAAUCCUCGUGGCUGUGACAGGGAUACUGGUCAGGCUGCUUGUGGACACUGAUGGUCAGGGGGCCGAGCGCGCGACGGCGGUGCUGCUGGCGGAUCCCUGCUUCCAGCUGCGCUCCAUCCAGUACCUGCUGGGCCACGCCGAGCCCUCGGCGCUGGCGGCUGCCGCCCCGGCCACGGACAAGCGCCAUUUCUCCCUGCACACCUACACAGAGUACAUCAGUACCGAGGAGCUGGCAAAGGUGGACAAGAUGCUGACCCACCUGAGCGAGGAGUCCAAGCAGGCAGCUGCCACCACACUGCCCACCAGCGAGGAAGACCUGUGCCCCAUCUGCUACGCACACCCCAUCUCAGCCAUCUUCAGACCCUGCUCCCACAAGUCAUGCAAAGCCUGCAUCAACCAGCACCUGAUGAACAACAAGGACUGCUUCUUCUGCAAGGCCACCAUCACAGGGGUGGAUGACUUCACCAAGCCAGCCAGCUCAUAGCGCCCAGCCCCGCACCACGGGCUCCCCGAGCUGAGCCAGGCAGUCCCCGGCCACAUGCUCAUGCUGCCCAGCCCCUGUGGGGGCACGAGGCUGCGGGGAGGGGAGAGGACGGCAGGCAGGAGGCCCAGUGCCAGGCUCUGAGGCCAGCAGAGCCCAGUGCCUGGCCCGCAGCAGCCUCUCUGGCCCACGGGCUGUUCUCAGGGAGGGGAGCCCGAGGCCUCGGCUCUGUGGCAACCCUGGGGCUGGGGGGCCAGGCUGGGCGUUCAGGCUGUUAACUUGCCCCUGGCUGGGGGCUGACAUCAUGAAAUGCAACAUUAAAUUAUUCUUCCUUA